AUGGACACAGAUGCCUUUGUAUAUCCUCUUACAGGCUUAUACACGGAGCACGACUUCAUGCUGCCUGGGCUAACUCCUCUUUCUCUUCCAGCACAAAUUGAAGUAAUCCCUUGCAAGAUCUGUGGGGAUAAGUCGUCUGGGAUCCACUACGGGGUUAUCACCUGUGAGGGGUGCAAGGGCUUCUUCCGCCGCAGCCAGCAGUGUAAUGUGGCCUACUCCUGCACCCGUCAGCAGAACUGCCCCAUCGACCGCACCAGUCGGAACCGAUGCCAACACUGCCGCCUGCAGAAGUGCCUGGCUCUGGGCAUGUCUCGAGACGCUGUUAAGUUCGGCCGAAUGUCCAAGAAGCAGAGGGACAGUCUCCAUGCAGAAGUGCAGAAACAACUGCUGCAGCAGCAGCAGCAACAGCAGCAGCAGCAACAGCAGCAGCAGCAGGAACAAGUGGCCAAGACUCCUCCAGCAGGGGGCCAUGGAGCAGAUACCCUCACAUACACGUUGGGGCUCCCAGAUGGGCAGCUACCCCUGGGCGCCUCACCUGACCUACCUGAGGCCUCCGCUUGUCCCCCUGGCCUCCUGAAAGCCUCGGGCUCUGGGCCACCAUAUUCCAACAACUUGGCCAAAACAGAGGUCCAAGGAGCCUCCUGCCACCUUGAGUACAGCCCAGAGCGAGGCAAAGCCGAAGGCAGAGACAGCAUCUAUAGCACAGCCAGCCAGCUUACUUCUGGAAGACGUGGACUUCCUUUUGAGGGAUCCAGGCAUCCUGAGCUUGGGGAAGCAGAACAGGGUCCAGACAACCACUGCAGUCUCAGUUUCUGCAGUGCCCCAGAGGCACCGUAUGCCUCUCUGACAGACAUAGAGUACCUGGUACAGAACGUCUGCAAGUCCUACCGAGAGACCUGCCAGCUGCCACUGGAGGACCUGCUGCGGCAGCGCACCAACCUCUUCUCCAGGGAGGAGGUGACCAGCUACCAGAGGAAGUCGAUGUGGGAGAUGUGGGAACGCUGUGCCCACCACCUCACUGAGGCCAUUCAGUAUGUGGUAGAGUUUGCCAAGCGGCUCUCGGGUUUCAUGGAGCUCUGCCAGAAUGACCAGAUCAUACUACUGAAAGCAGGAGCAAUGGAAGUUGUGCUUGUCAGGAUGUGCCGGGCCUACAACGCUGACAACCAUACAGUCUUUUUUGAAGGCAAAUAUGGUGGCGUGGAGCUGUUCCGAGCCUUGGGCUGCAGCGAGCUCAUCAGCUCCAUAUUCGACUUUUCCCGCUUCCUCAGUGCCUUGCGUUUUUCUGAGGAUGAGAUUGCCCUCUACACAGCCCUGGUGCUCAUCAAUGCCAACCGACCUGGGCUCCAAGAGAAAAGGAGAGUGGAGCAUCUGCAGUACAAUCUGGAGCUGGCCUUCCACCAUCAUCUCUGCAAGACUCAUCGCCAAGGCCUCCUCGCCAAGCUGCCACCCAAAGGGAAACUCCGGAGCCUGUGCAGCCAGCAUGUGGAAAAGCUGCAGAUCUUCCAGCAUCUCCACCCCAUCGUGGUCCAAGCGGCCUUCCCUCCACUCUAUAAGGAACUCUUCAGCACUGAUAUUGAGUCCCCUGAGGGGCCAACCAAGUGACCUGGAGGAAAGACAACUUUACUUCCUUCAGCCUGAUGGCCUGUCUCCCUGGACUCCAUUCCCUCAGCCUCCACCUUCCUGUGCUCUGUGGAGGGUGGUCUCCCUCGGAGCGAGCAAACACUGAGACUGGUUUUCUGCCCUCCCCGCCCCCAGGCUUGCCUGGCAGAACAACAGUAGCAGAUGAUGGAGAAAAGGCUUGCUAUGGUUGAUUUCCCAUAAGUUCCACCCUGGCUUCUGGAAGGUGUGGGGUAGAUGGGAUGUAAAGGCCUGUAGGACAAACAGGUCGAACUAAAAACAAACAGACAGGGGCAUAAAUCUGGGUACCGGGACGAAGAGAACUCAAUUCUAGGCUCCAAAGCUCACAGAAGUCCUUCGAAUACCUCAUUGUAUUUCUCCAGCUGGGGGAGAUGGAUCUAGCUCAGAAACUGGUGGUGGCAAGCAGUCAGAAGCAGGAAUCCAGAUCCUUGAGAUUUUUCUGCCUCCCUCCUUCUUAGUUCAGUAAAGAAGUCGUUGGCCACCCUGCCCUUUUUCUGGGACCUAAAAUACCUGGAUAUGUAAAGACGAGGGGUGGGAUGGAAAUGAGGGGCCAGGCUAAGGUUUGGUAGGGUUUGGGUGUGGAGAGAGGGAGCAGUGGAGGCCAAGAGCAUCACUGGCAGAGUUAGAACAGGAACCUCGUGGGUGCACUCUGAGUCGGCUCUGUUAGCACGGUCUGAUCAGAGCCACACAUCCACACACACACAGAUGGAGCACAGAGCAACUUUGCCUGCCGUAAGGCAGUCCUGUAGAUACUCUUCCUCUGACACAACCUCUUCCCUGCGGUCACAGCUCAGAGAAGCUUGAGGGGCUUAGGAAAGAGUUCCAAUCCAUACAGGACGCCAGAACACACCAUCCCAGCUCCAGCUGUCUUCUGUCCCAAGAACUAUCCCUAAGAGAAGCAGAGGACUGGACGCUGACCAGCCAGACACCUAAGGACCAGCACCCAGGAGGAUGCCCUUGACCUCAGCCUCUACCCUGCCCUCUCUGUGAGGAAGGAGGGCAGUCCCAUCCCCUGCUCUGUGCCUGUGUGCCACCGACGACUCCAGCAUGAGGGAGUGACUAGGCAGGGACCUGUUUCUCCUCCAUAAUCUUGCGCUGAACUUCUCAGCUUUGUAAAGCUGUGGACUCUCCUAGGAGGUGUAAGCAGCCGGGGAGACGGAGGGAGAUUUUUUUUCCUCUCGGGAG